AUGGAACAUUUGGUGAAAGGGAAUGUAAUUAGGAUCAUUGGUUUGAAGACAUCUGGAACGUCCAAUGGCAAACCAUUGUCGCGUGUAAACUUCUAUCGAACAGGCUUCACAGUGCACGUGUACAAGCCAGGCUCCGACCUGAACAAGCCCGUCCAGCUCAGCACAUACGGCACGGGCAAAGACUACAUACCAGACCCAAACCAACAGAGUCUUAUUCAGAAGUUGUUUGGCUUGGGCAAUGAUUGUAUCACAAUGCAAAACAUUGGACAGGUGGCAGAGGGAUCAUGUGUCGACAUGGUCGCGCGUAUUGAGAGGAGGGACUAUCGACAACAUGGAGUUGGACAGAUGCUCUCACUGACCAUCUGGGAUGGAACAUUGGAUCAAUUCAAUCAGACCAAUGCACAACCAAACACAGUUGAAGUUCAUGGCUGGGAGGAUGACAACACAAUCAAGUUCAAGAAUGUUCCAAAUGGCACAUGGAUACUAUUCCAAUCAUUGCUACUUAACAAAUUCCAUGCGACCAAAGAGGUAAAGUUUUGUGAAGGAUCAUCAUUCGUUGUGCUACAUCAUGGUGAUCCAAGAGUGGAUGUCGCUGUAAGGAACUACUUGAAUAAGAUAAAUGAUCUUUCUGGAUCAAAACAAAAGUGCACCAUAGUACCGCCAAUAACAGAUAUUGACUUGGUCGGUGUAAACAUAUCGACAAUCGAAGAUGUACUACGUUACCAAAAGUGCCCACAUUACUUUGUGAUCAAUGUUAGACUGAAAGAGUAUUACCCUGAAGCAUCACGUAUGUGGAUCCAGUCAUUCUGCCAAAACUGUCACUUGGUACUCCAGUCUCAAGAUGGAGUAUGCACAGAGUGUGCCUCCAAUGAGUUUGUCCAAUGGAUAUAUUGUCUCAAGAUACAUGUCUAUGAUCAUACCGGAGAACUUGAACUAUAUCUAUCGAUGGAUGAGGCUAGACAGUUCUUUGGACAAAUGGAUACUACACCGGAUGAAGCACAUGGUUCCCAUAAGGUGGCCAAUGAUCUACUAAAGAGACUGGCCAGAUGCAAUGUACCAUUUGACUUGUGUGUUCGAUCCUAUCAACCAGAGGAGAAGAAGGGCACUGGCGAUGUAUACUAUCAAGUAUUCGCAACCUCACUAACCUUGGAGCGUUGA